AACCAUGGAAGUGACUGGGUUUGGAGUGACCAGGUGUUCCUCCCUCCCCUUUCCCAGACACGCCUCUUGCUGUAGGUCUCUGGUUAAGUCUCUCUCUCUCAUUCCCUUCCUGGGAGACAGUAGCUCCCUAGGCCUGCAAUGAGGGAGGCUGGCUUGGGGAAGGAGAAGGGAAUUGGGCGUCUUUGAAGACCUGUGGGCAGAGGGAGGGAGGGAGGGUGUUUGUCCUGGGUGGGGCUCUGGGCCAGGUCCUCUGGGUAGCUGUGAAGUGGUGAAAGAAGGGGUGGGAACGCUGGACUUCUGGACUUUGGGCAGGGCAGAUCCUCUGACUCUCUGGCUGCAGAACAGUUUCUUCCGGGCUCUGGCCUGAGUGCCACAGCCAGGGCCUCUGCUCUGUACACAGACCGGGCAAGGUCCCCCAGGCCAGGAUGUCAGGCCUGGUGUUGGGGCAGCGGGAUGAGCCUGCAGGCCACCGGCUCAGCCAAGAGGAGAUCCUGGGGAGCACACGGCUGGUCAGCCAAGGGCUAGAGGCCCUACGCAGUGAACACCAGGCCGUGCUGCAAAGCCUGUCCCAGACCAUUGAGUGUCUGCAGCAGGGAGGCCAUGAGGAAGGGCUGGUGCAUGAGAAGGCCCGGCAGCUUCGCCGUUCUAUGGAAAACAUUGAGCUCGGGCUGAGUGAGGCCCAGGUGAUGCUGGCUCUAGCCAGCCACCUGAGCACAGUGGAGUCGGAGAAACAGAAGCUGCGGGCUCAGGUGCGGCGGCUAUGCCAGGAGAACCAGUGGCUGCGGGAUGAGCUGGCUGGCACCCAGCAGCGGCUACAGCGCAGUGAACAGGCUGUGGCUCAGCUGGAGGAGGAAAAGAAGCACCUAGAGUUCCUGGGGCAGCUGCGGCAGUAUGAUGAGGAUGGACAUACCUCGGAGGAGAAAGAAGGCGAUGCCACCAAGGAUUCCCUGGAUGACCUCUUUCCUAAUGAGGAGGAAGAGGAUCCCAGCAAUGGCUUGUCCCGUGGUCAAGGUGCUACAGCAGCUCAGCAGGGUGGAUAUGAGAUCCCAGCAAGGUUGCGGACGUUGCACAACCUGGUGAUCCAGUACGCAGCCCAAGGUCGCUAUGAGGUGGCCGUGCCACUCUGUAAGCAGGCACUAGAGGACCUGGAGCGCACAUCAGGCCGUGGCCACCCUGAUGUCGCCACCAUGCUCAACAUCCUUGCUUUGGUGUAUCGUGACCAGAAUAAGUAUAAGGAAGCUGCCCACCUGCUGAAUGAUGCCCUUAGCAUCCGGGAGAGCACCUUGGGACCUGACCAUCCUGCUGUGGCUGCCACACUCAACAAUUUGGCUGUGCUCUAUGGCAAAAGGGGCAAGUACAAGGAGGCAGAGCCUCUGUGCCAGCGGGCACUGGAGAUUCGAGAAAAGGUCCUGGGCACGAAUCAUCCAGAUGUGGCAAAACAGCUGAACAACCUGGCCCUCUUGUGCCAAAACCAGGGCAAGUAUGAGGCCGUGGAACGCUACUACCAGCGAGCACUGGCCAUCUACGAGGGGCAGCUGGGGCCGGACAACCCUAAUGUAGCCCGGACCAAGAACAACCUGGCUUCCUGUUACCUGAAACAGGGCAAAUAUGCUGAGGCUGAGACACUAUACAAAGAGAUCCUGACCCGUGCCCAUGUACAGGAGUUUGGGUCUGUGGAUGAUGACCACAAGCCCAUCUGGAUGCAUGCAGAGGAGCGGGAGGAAAUGAGCAAAAGCCGGCACCAUGAGGGUGGGACACCCUAUGCUGAGUAUGGAGGCUGGUACAAGGCCUGCAAAGUGAGCAGCCCCACAGUGAACACUACUCUGAGAAACCUGGGAGCUCUGUAUAGGCGCCAGGGAAAGCUGGAGGCCGCUGAGACCCUGGAGGAAUGUGCCCUGCGGUCCCGGAGACAGGGCACUGACCCUAUCAGCCAGACCAAGGUGGCAGAGCUGCUUGGGGAGAGUGACGGUAGAAGGACCUCCCAGGAGGGCCCUGGAGACAGUGUGAAAUUCGAGGGAGGUGAAGAUGCUUCUGUGGCUGUGGAGUGGUCCGGGGAUGGCAGUGGGACCCUGCAGAGGAGUGGCUCUCUUGGCAAGAUCCGGGAUGUGCUCCGCAGAAGCAGUGAACUCUUGGUGAGGAAGCUCCAGGGAACUGAGCCUCGGCCCUCCAGCAGCAACAUGAAGCGAGCAGCCUCCUUGAACUAUCUGAACCAACCUAGUGCAGCACCCCUCCAGGUCUCCCGGGGCCUCAGUGCCAGCACCAUGGACCUCUCUUCAAGCAGCUGACAUUCAACCCGGCCCCCAGGUCUGCUGGGUCCCCCCACCCCCACAGCCCUCACAGCAUUCCCCAUUGCUCCUGGCUCUUCCCCACCCCUAGGUGGGACAGUGAAGGGGAGCAGUUUAACCAGAAGAUUGCUGCUGCCCUUAGGGUCUCAGCUCCCUCCUCAGGAAUCCCUCUUAGGAAGGACCCUCAGGACACCCUCUCUGCACCCUGUGGUCCUCUAGAGUAGCUAGCUCUGAGGCCCCAAGGUGGGUACAAAGCAGGUAUGGCCCUCAGAGAUGCAGCCUGCUGCUGGCUUUUCAGUCAGAGGGUUGGGGGCUGGCCAGCCAAGCUGCCUUGCCCUGGCUGCUCUUACUCCCUCCCUCUGCUGUCUCACUUCAGGUCCAUGUAUUUCACUUUUCUUAAAUAAAAGAAUCAGGUAACCUUUC